UACUGCAACAACCUUAAAAUUAAAAUAUUAGAUUUUAGUUUCGUUUUAACGAAAGAAUACAAAUAUGGAAGAAAAUAAACAAAGUGCAAAAAGACAGUUGUAAACGAUGUAGUAACGAUGGGUGACUUUGAAGUACCACCGCUGGAACACACACCAUGGCCAACACCUUCGAGAGCAAUAUAUGGAUUUGUUCUGUAUGUUUCAACCUAUGUUAUAUUUGGUAUGUACAUGUUAUGGGCACUACUACCUGAUUCGUGUUUGCACGCUCUUGGUUUGACUUAUAUCCCUGCAAGACACUGGGUUAUCACCUUUCCGUUUUUGGUUUGUUUCGGUGUUGCAUUCACGGUUUGUGUUUACGUCAUCAGAAAUUGGUUGGACACACCUGAUGUUGAAGAUUUGGAUACGUUUACAGAUGAGUUUCAGAGGGUAUUACCAGAAGAAGAUCUUGAUCUACCAGUUGGUGCUAUUCCUCCCAUUGGUGACUUUAGUUUGAAACGAGUGUCAAAGUUGCAUCACAAAUAAUAAAGAAAUUCUUCCUUUAAAAAUUACUCGUACUAAUAAAAUAAACAGAAUUGGAGAAGUUGUGCAAGCUCCAAUUUUCGCUUAUUAACCUGACAAGUGCAGGCGAAAGAAACGAUCAGAAAUAUACCCAAUAAGUAUAAAGUGUAAUUCUAUUGUAUAAAAUCAUUUUUUAAGAAAAUAUAUAUGUACAUUAAA